GCUCAGUGAUGAUGUCACAGGAAGUUGCGUAUGCACACGAGCGCCACAUACAACCCCAACAAAUUUGUUUUAUUUACUUUACUGCCUGGGCAAAUUUGGGUUUGUCUUUUGUUUGCACAUUAUAUUCAAGCUAUUUUUACGAAAUAAUAACCACGCCCAGGUCUACGAAAAGCUUUUUGCGUAGGAAACCAUGGGUCGACUUGAUGAUGCUGCCAAACAAAAAGUUGUGGAGCUGCGAAGGGCUGGACUGAGCUUCCGUAAAAUUAAAGCUGAAUUGGAACUAGAGAACAUCAAGGUGUCGGCACAGGCUAUUUAUCUGUUCUUGAGAGAGUUUCAGGGAAGACCUCCAGGACGUGCGCGCCCUUUGGAGAUCCGAGGCACACCCGACCCUCAGCUGCAGGAACGGGGCAAAGGAGCUCCAGAUAAAUGGGGUGGCAUUCAUCUUCAAAAUCUCAUACGGAUUUCCUCUCAACAGUCACACCGUUCGGAUUUCAUGUCAAAAUCUCCAAAUCUAAGUAGCACAAACCCCCCAGGGUCCUCGGGAGAAUGUAGUAGUGGUAGUAGCAGCAGCAGCCAAGGGCAAGGACUUAAGGAAGAAAAUGACAUUCAGAUUGUCAGUGUCACAUCUCUUUCACAGACGAGCCAAAACAUUGUUCAGAACCCUGUAACAAGAGCUGCAACAACUCUAGCAUGUUCCACUGGAGCAACUACUGCAGCACUAGCAAAAAGAAGGGUCAGUCCUUCCCCUACUACAAACUCAAUGUUGGCUGCACGUAAGAGGAUUUUGGACAAAGCUCUAUCGCACAGAAUAAAGUCUUUCCAGCAGAUGGCAUCACUGAUAAGAAGAGACCAAACUAGUGUGCAGGGACCUGGUUUGAGAAAUCCUGUUACUCAACCAUCCAACACGUAUAAUUCAAAUGAAAGGGCUGCUAUGGAAAAUCAGUCUGAAGGAUUAGGAGGAACUUCAGCUCUGCAUUACUCAAUUCAAAGACCUAGUAUGACAGUCCGCUCAGUUCAGCCUCCUCCUCGUGUUGGCAUUCGUCUUCCAAGUCAAUCAGUGAAGUCAUUAUCUGGGAUCUCAAAUUUACGACUGCCACCCCCACCUAGCAGCCAAUCAACUAAUCAAAAUGAGGGGAAUUCUAGUCCACAACAUACUGUUCUAGAGUCAAGAGUGGACACUAUUCUGCAGGACCAAAUCCAGACAUUAAGCUCUGAAGUGCACAGUCUUGGCGUGGCGGUAAAGAUGUUGAUCGAGCAGCAGUGUCGUCUGGAGCGGGAGCAGGUGCAGCAGACAAACAUUCAGAAGCAAAUUCUCAGUACUCUUCAGACUAUGUCCUCCAAAAUGGGAUGCUGUAGCGCAGUUCAACAGCAACAAAAAACUCACUCACCUGCCGCUCUUAAAUCUACCUCCUUUAACCAAGACUCUUUUACAUGUAGCCAAGGCACUUACACACAGUGCAGCCAGUCGCAGCCAAGCUUCAGCUCUAUAGACUCUUUAGAAACAGUUGAACCCUUUAAACUCCCUGAACUUAGUCCUACCAGCAUGAAUGGUUUUGCAACAUGUAGCAGUGCUGAGAGCCUUCCACUUAUUCCAUCACCAUUGUACCAACAGCAAAACACUCAAGCUCAAGCCCACAUAUCAGCAUUCACACAAAGCUACGUGUCUGCUUACAACCAAUCAAAUAAUCACACAUUUGCAGAGAAUAAAUUGGCAAAUUUUUCAAACAGCUGUGCAGUAAGAACCUUUCAGGACUGUAAUAUUUCCACUGAGGUUUUAACAAUGAGCAGUUCUGUUCAGGAUCAGGUAAAUAGUAUAAAAGUGGAAGGCCCUUAGCAGAUUCUUGGCCGAGACAGAAAUGAAACAUUUGAGUGACGUAUAAAGUGUAGCAACUGUUAAAAUAGUUAUUUAUUUUAGUAUAGACCAUGGUUGUUAAGUAAGUAAGUAAGCAAGCCGUCAAUGUAAUUUUACUGGUAUAAAGAAAAAAGUACAGUAUGGGUUUCGUACUCCUUUUAUAUACACCACAGAAUAUGGCAAUAACAGUGAUAUUGCUAAAAUAGAAUGAUAACAUAUUUCUGAUUGCAAGCCCAUCAAUAAAUAUAAUUAUGGAAUC